AUGAUCGCGCCAAUCGCAUUCACCGCCCUCGUUAGCAGUUUUAAGGAAGAUAAGGGUGGUUCACGCGCCCUCGUGUGUCAUCAAGACAGCAGUAACAACCGCCCAAGGGACCAAAAUACGGUAUCUGAGUCGUCUCGUCGGUUUCGUACGGAAUUUUUAGAAGACUGGCCACAAACACCUGGUUCACCAUACUUCGAUCCAAGCACGCCAGAUAACGUUACUGGCUUGGUAGGACACCCAGUCACAUUACUGUGCAAAGUGAAGAAUCUGCAAAACAGAACAGUCUCAUGGGUCCGUCAUCGAGACAUCCACUUAUUGACUGUUGGUCGCUACACAUACACCUCAGACCAACGCUUCGAAGCGCAACACAAGCCAAGGUCUGAGGAGUGGGCGUUGCGAAUCCGCAGCCCACAACGACGAGACUCCGGGCAGUACGAGUGCCAAAUAUCCACAACGCCGCCGAUUGGACACGCGGUGUAUCUUAAUAUAGUAGAGCCAGAAACCGAAAUAAUGGGUGGUCCAGAUUUGUUCAUCUACGCAGGUUCUACAAUAAAUCUGACGUGUAUAGUGAGGCAUACGCCAGAGCCUCCUAGCACCAUCACUUGGACACACAGGGGAAAGACUAUAAACUUCGACUCAACACGAGGCGGCAUAUCAUUAGUCACUGAAAAAGGCAUACACAGUAGCAGUAGGCUGCUCGUACAAGCGGCACGUACAUCAGACGCAGGGGCGUAUCAGUGCGUGCCUGAUAAUGCCCAAUCAGCUACAGCGAGAGUACACGUACUUACUGGUGAAACUCCAGCCGCAAUGCAAGGUAAACUUCGCCUGAGGCAUCGUGCGGCCAAAUGGAGUUAA